AUUGGCGAUCAAAACUUUGAUACUUUCAUCGAGUAUGCCAUGUACGAGGAAGACGAAAAACAAAAAUUAAAUGAGUACAAAUUUCGCACACUUUUUAAAGAGCUCUUUUCCAAAUGCAGUAAAGACGCUCUCGUAUUAGAAGCGAAAGACAGUUGCAUCUUUACCCAUUUGCUGGCCCAAUGCAUUUUAAAAGGAAAUGAUCUGAUGCCGAAUUCGCAACUUAAUUUUUGGGAAAAGUUGGCACAGUUGGCUGUUUGUGUUAAAAAUAUUCUUCCGCCAGUGAUGACGACUAAUUUAGAAUACGCUAAUUCUAAAUGCUCGUUGAAUAAAAUUUUUGAGAAAGCUCCACAAAAUUCUAAAAGCUUUUGCUCGUUAUUGCCAAUAAGGAUUCAUCUGAGGGACAAUUCCACUUUGGCCUACAAAAUCCAUAAAUCUUUCAAAUCGGUAUUGAAUUUUUGUUGGAUCGAGUACUUUGGUUAUCGUCCAUACGCCACAAAUUUGCAAGAUUUCCAAACGCUCUUCUAUGCGUUCGGUGGUACAAAAAUGGAUAUACUAUGGGAGGAGACAUUCGUGGAUGAAAACGGAACAAUCCGUUGGUGCAAAGCGCCAGAGUAUCCUGAAGUUCCGAUAAAAAUUCAAGGAGACACCAGCAUGCCGCAUUUGGUCGUUUCGAAGGCGGAACCGGAACCCAAUUUGGUCGCCGUCGCACCCAGGGACUUAAUGGUCAAUUUGACUUUCUUAAACAUAUGCAUACAAAACGUGGAAGCGAUUAAAUCCUUCUGCACGUAUGCUGGACCUCCAUUAGCAAUGCUUGAUAAUAGUUACACAAUGAAUUGA